AUGAAUCAAGAAGUCAUAUGCGAAAUCUUGACUGAUGCCGGGAAACAAGGAAAAAUCACCCUUUUAUCAGCUCUUUAUAGUUACGAUAAAAUUCUGCAGCAACGCCAAAUUGAUAAACUUUCAAUAGCUGGGACAAACCUGUACAAAAUUCUUCUGAUCUGAGGAAGAGAUAAAAACAAUUUGUGAUGGGAAAAAUAUGAUAAAGAAUUCGGGAGAGAUUCUGGAGCAUUGAAGCUUGAUGAGCUUAUAUCUGCAAAAAAUAAAGCUGAUCCGCCAAGUUUCGAUGAAAAAAGCGCUUUACAAUUUCUUAAAACUAUAAAAGAACAAGAACAAAAGGCAGAGCAAAACUCAAAAUUGUUGAGCAGCUUAAAAGAAAGCUUAAGCUUUGGGCAAAAGGAUUUUGACAUAUCAGUUUCUGCUGAUUUUCACAAUAAUUUUGAGAUUAAUUCUAUAUUUCUAUAAAAAUUGAAAAAAUUUAUGGAAGAUUCUUGAUCUUUUUUAUUAUAAAUAUGAUAAUGAAUUAAAAAGUUUUAAAGAAACUUUGCCGAAGUUUAAAGAUUUUAAUGAGCAGUUAAAAAAGCCAGUCGAAAAGACUAUAGAUACUUCAAUGUUCAGAGCUGAAUUAUUUGUGAAAAAAAUCAGCAAAUUAUAUUUAAAAAAAUUUUGGAAAAAUUGGUGACGAGAUUUAGGAGGAAUCACAAAAUUUUAUAAGGAAUCCCUUCUGAAAAAAACAUUUUAUGCUUUAACCUCCCAUGUCCACAACAGUCUUCGGUUAAAACUCCUAGCAGAAAAAUCCACAAAAACCUUAGGAACCAUCAAACUAAGAAUGUAUUUUGAAGCUUGGACACAAUAUAAAUUAUUAAACUUAAGAAAAGAAUUAUCGUUAAAAAUCGCUGACAAAAUGUUUAUGAAAAAGAUAUGGGAAAUCUGGAAAAAAGAAAUGAGAAAAACAGAAAUUCUGAAGACCAUGAAAUAUACUGCAAAUUUUAUUCACAAACAGUGGCUGCUUAAAAAGUCAUUUCUUGCUUUAGCUAGACAUGUGAAUAAGAGCAUGAAUAUGAGAGUAUUAGAAGAUAAAGCUAUAAAUAAAAUAAAUAACUUGAAGCUUGGUGUUUAUUUUACAGCUUGGCUAGAGUUCAAUAAAAUAAGGCUUGAAGAGAAACUUAGUGAAGAAUUUUCAAAAAAGAUUGCUGAUAAAUUUUAUAUGAAAAAGAUAUAGAAGUUUCCUAUGUUUGGCGCUGUUAGGCCGAUAAAUUCUGAUCGGAAUUUAUCGGUAGGUUGCACCAAAUCAAUGCCUUGGUCGGACCAAAAAGCGAUUUGGUCCGACGAACUUGGAAAGCUCCUGGGAAAAUGUCUGCGCUUUUAGCGCUAUAUAGAGGAAACCUCUAUAUGGAGACUAUGGAAAAGGGAAAUGAAAAGGGUGGAAAAGCUAAGAGAAAUAAAAAAAUCAGUUCAUAUGAUACAUAAUCAAUGGCUAAUUAAAAACUCCCUACUCCCCCUUAAAGAGCAAAAACCAAGAAAAGCCUAGAAAGUGUUAUAAAUCUUUUAAAUAAAUGACAAUUUGAUAUAUAAUUAAUGAUUAAAAAAAAAGAUCACUUUAUAAUUAUAAUACAUUUUCAUUAAGUUACAUCCUUAAACAUUAUUUAUCUUUUUCAAAUAUUUAUAAGUUUAAAUUAUUAAUAUAAAAUAUCAUUUUAAUAUUCAAAUAUUAUUCCCUCUUACUUAGCGAGCAAAACUUUUUGCUGGCUAAUCAAGGAGGAGGGAGUUAUAUGGGCUAGUUUGGAAUGUCAAUAGAAAUACCAACUUAAAAAUGCUUGAAAUGAAGGCCAUCGAAAAAAUUGAAAACAUUGAACGAAAAGUUUACUUUCAAUCAUGGCUUGAAUAUAACAGAAUAAAAUUAAUCAAAAAAAUAAAUGGACUAAAAGGCGAUGCAAUUGAGCAAAAAGCUGACAGAAAAUUAUUGGUAAAAACAAUAGCAGGGUGAAAUGAGGUUGCACAGUGGUAUAAAUGCACAGCAGUUUUGUCUUCUAAAAGAAUUAUUCCCAAAAUUGUUCAAUCUUGGAAGAAAUAUACAAGGAAAAUGAGGAUGAUAAAAUAUAUUUAUUCUACCUAUGACGAAAAAAGUAAAAAAUCAUUGAAGGUAAACUCUUUUAAUAAUUGGCAUCAAAAAUUCAAAAUCCUCAAUAAAAGAAGAGAAAAUAAAAUAAUUUCUAGCAAAAUGAUAAGAAAAAAAUUAUUGAAAAAAUACAUCAGCCAAUGAACCAAAAAAUAUUCAAAUAAAGUCAAAAAGCAUCACAUUUCUCAUAUAGGAGCAAAAUUCUUUUUUGACAAAACCUUAACUAAUUAUUGGCAAAUUUGGAGAAAAUUGUUUUUAAAAAGAAUUACAAUCGAAAUAAAAAGCGAGAAUUAUGGCAGGAGAGAGGAGACUUUAAUUAGAAAAGCCAUGAAAGGAUGGUUUCUUGCACAGCCAAUCAUAAGAAUUCAAAAUCAAAGACUAAGAAGAAUCAGAGAAGAAUAUGCUAUUAAUUUAGCGAAAAAAUCAAUAAAAGCAUGAAGAGAUAAUAUUGUUUAUCAUAAAACCAAAAUACAGCUAUAUAAUCAUCUGCAUAAAAGCAUUGAGGUCAUUAAAAAAAGACAAAUUAUUAAAGCUAUGAAAAUAUAUUCCGAGUGGAAAAUCAAGCAAAAUCAAAGAGACUCAAUGCUUGUUACUCAAGUUUAUAGGCUUAGAAAAGAAACAAUAAUGAAAAAAUGAUAUAAUAGGGCACUUCUAUUUAGCUCCUGUAGGUAUUUUGAAGAAGCCAUGUUUAGGUACCAAAAGCGGUGCUUUAUUAAAAAAUUGGCUCAAAAUUUGGAAAUGCAACAUUUAACGCUUGCUUAUCUAGAUAUUCAUAGAGAGCAAAAUUUAAUUAAAACAGUUUUUACUAACUGGCAAGGCUGGAUUCUAAAGAAAAAAAGCUUAAAGUCGCGAUACCUUAAAUUCAAGCUGAUUUCUCACAAGUACAAAUUACUUAAACCUUUCGCAAGAUGGAAAAGAGCUUAUUUUGGUAUAGCCUGUGCAUUCCAAAGCAGAUUUCUAUAUCUGAAAAACCAAGUUUUCCAAUGGUGGGCAAAUAUUACUCAAAGAAAACACGUCGAAUUGGAGAUGCAAGCUGAAAUGAUUGAAAAAUGCAAAAAUCGGGAAAAAUCAAGGGUUUUUUAUUCCUGGCUUUGUGCUGCGAUUAAAAGGCAGCAAGCCAUUUUUAAUGCAAACUCACUGAUGACUAUUAGAUUACAAAAAUGGUUUGACAUGUGGAGAAAAGAAUUUGCGUGAAAAAUGCAUAAAAAUGAAGCAAUAAAUUAUAUACAGAGUGCGAACUCUUUAUAUAACCAGAGACGAGCACUUUUUAUUUUGAAAAACAAUGCUGAUUAUUCACAAGAAAAGAAAAACAUGAAUGAAAAAGCGUUUUAUAUGUACAAAAUGAAGGUGGCAGGCAAAGUUAUUAGCAUUUGGCAUGAAAAUGCGAAAGAAUUUUCUUCAAAUAAUGUGGAGGUAAAUAAGAUAUUGGUGAAGGUUAAUAAAAGAAUUAUUACUGAAGCUUUCAAAAGCUGGCUUGGAGCAGUUUCUCAUAAAUUCAGCAAAAUGAAAGCAGUGAAAUGAAUGGAAGCGCAAUUAGGUAUUAAAUCAUUGAAAAAUUCUAUGAAAAAAUGAAAUAAAGAAGCCAAAUCAGCUAGGGCUAAAGAAAAUCUUGAUAAUUGCUUUGAAAAAAUUUAUGAUAAUAUUCUUAAAAAAAGGUGCCUUAAGUGUUGGAUCGUGAAGUCGUCAAAUAGAAAAACGCUAAAAUCCAAAGAAAAUGCAUUAAAAUCUUUAUCAAAUACAAAUACUCUAUCAAGAUGCUUAAAGAGUUGGACAUCAGAAGUCAAAUACAAAAUUGAAACCAGCACAAAAAGAGAAAAAAUAAAUAAAAAUUUCAUAAAAAAACUCAAGUCAAAAAUUCUCAAAUCAUGGAGGGAUUUAUCUGUAGACAGAAAAGUGAUUAUUGACAAAUUAAUUAAAUUCAAGAAAAAUUGCUCUCUUAAGCUAUAGCUCUUUCCCUUGAAUAGCCCGAUAACAGGAUGAAGCCAGCCGUUAUCGGGCUAUUCAAAGGGAAAGUGCUAUAUCCUCAAAAAUAUUAAAAGAAGUGCACAGCUAUGCCGAUAAAAAAAUUAUAUUUAAAGAAAAAUUGGGAAGCGCUUCAAAUUCAAUUAAUAAGAGCAGAAAGUUAUUUGCAAUUAAUAAACUCCAUGAAAACGCAAAUAAGAAAAUAAACGCAAAAGAAAUGAUAAACACAGCAAAUAAAUUCAGAAAAAUAUUCCUCACGAAGAAGGCAAUAAUCUCAUUAGCACACAAUACAGAAUUAUCAAAAUCGAUUAAACUAAAAACAAGUGAAUUUGUCUCAUCUAUUGAGUUUAUACUGAAUCAUUUUAAGCUACAAAAUAGUUUUAGCAUAGUUAAGGGAAUAUUUUUCAAUGAAAAAGAAAUGCUUGGAACUGCAGAAAAAGAAUUGAAAACAUGCUCACUCAGAAGGGUUAUUCAAGGAUGGCUUAGAGAAGCAAGAACAAAAGCAAACUUGAUAUUGAAAAAAGAAAUUUUAUUGAAAAAAAGAAAUGAAAAGAUCGAAAAAGAGACAUUAGAAACUUGGCAAAAUAUGAUGAAACUAAGCUUUGCUGUCAAAAAAUUCAGCUAUAAAUUAAAAAGAAAGAGCACCAAAAAGUUCUUCAGCAAAUGGAGAAGCCAAUUUAAAUGUAUUGAGUUUAUCAAGCAAAAAAAAUUCCUAAUUAAAUCAAAAAUCUUCAAAAGUAUCAAAAAUUAUGCAAAAACAUCACAUGAUACAAUUAAAAAACUUGAGUUUUCUGCGACAAUAAAAAACACAAACUUCUCGUAUGUAGUUUUUAAUGCUUGGAAAUCAUAUUACCUCAAAAACAAAAAUGCUGAAGAAUUAAGGAUUAAGUUUGAGUCUAAAACAGAAGACUUGGUUAAGAAAAUUCUUAAAUCUUGGCAUGAAUGGGCUCAGAAAUUCAGAAAAAAUAUUGAAACAGCAACAGCGUUUAUCAAAAAGAAAGAAAAUGAUAUUUUAAAAAAAUAUUAUCAAAUUAUUAGGACUAAUUAUAAACAAUUAGCCUUUAAGAGACAUUUGGAAGGAUUCUUAUUGAGAAAAAGCAUGAUUUCGUGGCUGGAAUUUGUGAAUAUUGAUAAAAAAUAUGAGUUAAUAGCAGAAGCUGCUCAUGAGCAAUUUUUGAAGCAGAAAACAAUUGCUUUCUUUAAGAAUUUGAAGCUUCUGCUGACUUUGAAGCAGAAAAAAGAAAUAAAUCAUGAAAAAAUAUAUUUUAUUUUAAAUAGAUUAGCAGCUAGAUUGUAUUAAAUUACCCAUAAAAAUAAUAGUCUAUUUUUAUGCUAAUAAUCUUUAUAAAAAGUUAUAUUACAUAUUUUGCAAAAAGGCAUUUAACCAAUUCCGACUUGCUUUUUAUGCAUCAAGAGCUAGCAAAAGCAGCAAAAUAAAAGCAACCCAGCACAUCCACGCAAUCAGAAAACUUAAAGUCUUAUAUUCUUGGAAGUUAUGGCUUCAGCAGCGCUUUGAAGCUCAUAUAACAGUAGAAGAGAACAUGGUCAAAGCAUACGAGCAUUAUCAUCGAUCUUUAAUUUCAAGAGCCUUUUAUGGGUGGGAUAAUGAGAUUUCAAGCUCUGGCGUGAAAAAGACUAGAUCAAUUAUGCAUUCAAUUUUCUCAGCAUGGAAAAUCGCUACAAGAGAAAGCUCUCUAUUAAAGAGAUAUUUGAGAGAAAGCAAUAUCAGUGAAAGAUAUAUGAGAACUUCUAGAGAUCACCCUGAAAGCGCUUUGGUUACUUUAAGAUCCGUAAGCUCUGUAGGGAGCAUUUCUUCCCAAUAA